UAGUUGAAUUUAAAAUUUAAUAUAAAAAAUUGACUAUAACUUUUAUUUUUAUUGCUAAGUUUUUUCGUAUUUAAUGUAUUCUUUUACUUCUUAAUCUUUUGUUAAUUAUUUCAUUUAUACUUAAUUUUUCUUCCGAAUUUGUGUUUUGAUUAAUUUUUAUAUCUAUUUUUAAAUAUAUACUCACCAUUCUUGCUUGAAAAAUUAAUCUAAAUAAUUAUUAUUAACAAAUUUAAGCAAAUAAGAACCUAAAGUAUAUUAUAUUUUUUAAAUAAAAUUUAAACAGUCUCUUGCAAAAUUAUAAUAGAUAUUUGAAUCUUUAAAAAAUCACAUAAUUUUUUCGAUUAUUAUAGAUAUGAGUAAUAAUAGAAGUAUUAUUACUAAAAGAAUCACACUUUAAUUUAUCAUUAUCUAUAUUUUCCUUUAUAAAAUAUAUACGCUGCCUUGCAUACAUUUUUCGAUAAUAUUACCCAAAUAUCGAAUUCUUAAAAAUAAUUUAUCUGUUUGCUUUUGUCGUUUACUUUUUCAGUUUUAUAUUAUGCAUUUUUACUAAUAUUUUUUUAAUUAAAUGGCUUGUAGGACGAUUCCAUUGUUAAGUUAAUUUCCAUUAUUUUAAAACUUUUUUUUUUACAAAUAAUUUUAUUUCAGGUUCGAAAAUCUGUUUUUCAUCGAUAUAUCUGAAAUUAAAUCCUAAAAUUUCUUAAAAAAUUGAAUAAAGAUUUCUUAUAUUGAUAGAAUUAUAUAUUUCCUCUUCUUAUAUUAUUAAAUGACGAAUUAAUUUUUUAACAUAUAAGAUAGUAAUUU